AUGCGGCAGAUACGCAAUGAUAAUCCGGAUCCACCUACGGUUUGUUACAUUCCUCACCACGCUGUUAUAAAGGAAUUUAGCACUACAACCAAGGUGCGAAGCGUUUUCGACGCAUCUGCGAAAACUAGCACAGGAUAUUCCCUUAACGAUUGCCUCUUAGUCGGUCCCGUUAUUCAGGACGAUCUGUUGAACAUAAUUCUACGAUUUCGUAAAUGCAAAAUUGUGAUGAUCGCCGAUAUAGAAAAAAUUUACCGGCAGAUUAAAAUUCACCCCGACGAUCGUCCUCUUCAACGUGUGCUGUGGCGAUUCAACAAAGGUGAUCCGAUAACUAAAUGUGAGAUGACUACAGUGACCUACGGGCUGGCUUCUUCCUCGUUUUUAGCAACACGAACACUACAUCAGCUUGCUAACGAUGAAGGAGCGCAUUUCUCUCUUGCUGCACAUGCUUUAAAGGAAGAUUUCUAUAUGGAUGACUUCGUACGAGGUGAAGAUAAUAUAGAAACAGCACUUCAACUGCGCAAAGAAAUGGAUGAGUUACUGAGUCGUGGAGGUUUCCCCAGACGCGGCAAGCCCAACGAUAUUGAUUCGGACAAUGCUACGAACUUUGUUGGGGCAAAAAAUGAACUAAAUGCUCUUUAUCGUAUGCUAUCGAGUACCACGGAGGUCGAUCGCAUCGCUACCAAUCUCGCAGUCGAUGGAAUACAGUGGCAUAUGAUACCCCCUCGCGCCCCAAACUUCGGAGGUCUUUGGGAAGCGGCUGUGAAGGUGGCAAAAAACACUUAA